AUGGCAUCGGGUGACACAGGUACCCAAGUCUGUGACAACUUAGCAGCCAUUCGAACCUUAGAGACUGCGCGUGCCAUUGCAAACGGUAUUCGAUCGUCGCAUAUUAAGUAUAGCAACAAGCAUCGAGUGGAAAUUCGUACAAUGGUGGCGCUGAUGCGUCCGGGUGGGACGUUUACAACACAGUGGGUACGCUCGCACCAAGAGCACGAGCUCACAUCGGACCCGACACUUAAUGAGCAGCGCCAAGCACUUGCAGCAGCUGACGCAGAUGCUGCCCAGAGCCACGACCUCAGUAUGACCGGCUCAUAUACAGGCAUCAUGUGCUGGGAUGCUGCUCACUUCAUUGAUUCUCACGGAAACCCGGUCGUAGGCCGAACCCAGCGAUUCUUGACGAAACUAGCAGCGGAAAGACGGAAGUUCACCUGA